AUGCGGGCGCUGCAGGUGGUGAUGCGCACGGCGCUGCGAUUUGGCAGCCCUGUGCUCGCGGCUGGGUCCGUGCGGGGCUUCGCUGCUGCUCGAGGGCCGAGUGUGUGGUCGAUGCGGAGCUGGAGUGGCAUCAGUGCGGCUGCCAACCAGGCCGCUCGCCUCACGCGGCCGCAACUUAGUGCGGCGUUGCAUACGGCGCAGCCCGUCUGGGCCGAGGAGGAGCGCCCGAGUGAUGCGUCUCAGGAGCCACCCGCGGCAGCGGCACCGGUGGAAGAAGCUGUGCCGUCACCCGAGGCCGCUGCCAGCUCUGACAGCAAAACAGAGCAGCCCGAGACGGGGAAAACCGCCAACCCGACCAACCAAUACAAUAUUGCUGGCAUGUCCGAGGCUGAUGCAGCUGACUGGAUGCGCCAGGUAUCCCUGCGCCAGCGUCGCAAGAGUGCCGAGCGUGAAGAAGACCUCGAGAGCUGCCUGGCACACGUCAAAAUGACUGCCAACAACACCAUUGUCACCAUCAGCCGCCGCGACGGCAACUCCCUCAACUGGGCCUCAGCGGGAUCGUGUGGCUUCAAGGGCGCACGUCGCAGCACAACAUAUGCCGCCCAAGUUGCCAGCCAACGCGCCGCGGAGGCAGGUGAUGACAGCUCACAACAUGCAUCUCCCUGCCAUGCCCUUGCCAGGCGGCUCGUGAUCGAGGUGUGCGCCAAGUGCGUGUUCUCUUCAAAGGCAUUGGACCUGCGCGACCGGUAA